AAUUAUAGUUUUGUUGCAACCGAUUUGAUCGAUGAAGGUGAAAUCGGCCGUGGUGCAUAUGGCACUGUAAACAAGAUGCUACAUGAAGAGAGUAAAACUUUAAUGGGUGUAAAGAGAAUUCGAGCUGAAGUAGACGGACUAGAGCAACGCAGACUAUUAAUGGAUUUAGAUGUUGUAAUUAAAAGCCGUUGCGAAUAUAUCGUGAAGUUCUAUGGAGCCGUUUUCCAUGAGGGUGAUGCUUGGAUUUGUAUGGAAUUAAUGACUAUAUCACUAGAUAAAUUCUCGAAAUUAGUCUAUUGCAAUUUAAAGCAAACCUUUCCUGAAGAUUUUUUAGGCAAAAUCUCCGUUGCUGUCGUUAGAGCUUUAAAUUAUUUAAAAACUGAACUAAAUAUAAUUCACAGAGACGUGAAGCCAUCUAAUAUUCUUCUGGACGAUAAUGGAAACGUUAAGCUUUGUGAUUUUGGUAUAAGUGGUAAACUUGUUGAUUCUAUAGCAAAAACUCGUGACGCCGGUUGUAGACCGUAUAUGGCUCCUGAGCGUAUAAAUCCUGAAACUGCUCGCGAUGGUUAUGAUGUUCGAUCAGACAUAUGGAGCUUGGGGAUUACACUUGUCGAAUUGGCAACUGGAAAAUUUCCUUAUCCCCAGUGGAAAACAAUCUUUGAGCAAUUAUCUCAGGUUGUUAGCGGGCCUGCACCUCGUUUAGUGAAUACUUCCGGAAAACAGUUUACUGAUGAAUUUAUAAGUUUCGUGCAUAGUUGCUUAAUUAAAGAAGUCGCUAAGCGACCAAAGUAUGGAGCCAUCAUGGAACAUCCUUUCAUAAAGAAAUAUCAAUCGUCCGAUAUAGUCGCUGCCAAUUACGUUAAGGGUGUUUUAGCCGAAACUCAGUAUCGAUUGUCUACUAUUUUAUACGAUUCUGAUAAAUAA